CUGUAUCAAUGGCACGUACGAAGCAGACGGCCCGCAAGUCCACCGGCGGCAAGGCCCCGCGCAAGCAGCUGGCCACCAAGGCUGCCCGCAAGAGCGCGCCGGCCACGGGCGGCGUGAAGAAGCCGCACCGCUACCGGCCCGGCACCGUGGCGCUGCGCGAGAUCCGGCGCUACCAGAAGUCCACGGAGCUGCUGAUCCGCAAGCUGCCGUUCCAGCGCCUGGUGCGCGAGAUCGCGCAGGACUUCAAGACCGACCUGCGCUUCCAGAGCUCGGCCGUCAUGGCACUGCAGGAGGCCUGUGAGGCCUACCUGGUGGGCCUGUUCGAGGACACGAACCUGGCAAUAACUCUAAUCAUGUCUGGUCGCGGCAAGGGCGGGAAGGGCCUGGGCAAAGGCGGCGCCAAGCGCCACCGCAAGGUGCUGCGUGACAACAUCCAGGGCAUCACCAAGCCCGCCAUCCGCCGCCUGGCCCGGCGCGGAGGCGUGAAGCGCAUCUCCGGCCUCAUCUACGAGGAGACCCGCGGGGUGCUGAAGGUGUUCCUGGAGAACGUGAUCCGCGACGCCGUCACCUACACGGAGCACGCCAAGCGCAAGACGGUCACCGCCAUGGACGUGGUGUACGCGCUCAAGCGCCAGGGCCGCACGCUCUACGGCUUCGGCGGCUGAGCUGCCCGCUUCCCGGUCGCUUAACAAAGGCCCUUUUCAGGGCCGCCACCUCCUCCACGAAGGGCUGCAGCAUUUUUCAUCUGGCCAAGAUUAACUACGUCUUGCAUUAACAGUUCACUUCCUGGUACCCUCGGCGCAACUCGGUAAGACAGGAACUCCAACUCCAGGUUACACAGGUGCUGGGUCCUUCAGGGUCAACCCAAUGUCUUGAGUACCACACCUUCAGCCUUCCUGUUUCAGUCCCAGGUCUCUGGCAUUCCAGAUCUUGGCUGUGGAUGACCUUCAGAGACAGACUGUUAGUAAGAACUCUUCCUCGGACCAGGACCUAACCUCAGCCUCCUUCCUCUUCUACCCUCCUUCCUGGAACCUCUCCUUCCAUUUGAACCCUUCAACUGUUGUCACGUUGCUGCCUUGACGUUCCGAUGCCUCUGGAAACAUUAGUUGUCAGAUCUGAACUUGGUGGCGUGGCUCUUUAGGCAAGCUUAUGGAAAACAAGAAAUGUUUGCUGAUGACAAAACAGAAUAUGUCUAGUUCACCUAUUACAUGAAUUGAUAUCCUUAUGAGGAAGGGUUGUGCUGCCUAUUGGGUGUUACAGGAUCAACACUAUGGAUAAUGAUUAAGUCCAAAAGCCUUACGAUACAUUCCCAGGUGUAUUGGCUAUUAUUGCAACCAAAUAAUAAUACACACAGGGACAAAACUAACCUGUUGGCAUUUUUGUGUUUCACUUUCUUGAUGAGGAAUACAAUGUGUUUAUCUUAAAACAUCUUUAAAAGUAGUUGGUAAACCUUCAUAUUGAUGAAUUUCUCCUUGUUAAUUGAGGGGUGUACAGUUUCCUUUUAAAAUUACCUAUAAAUAACAUAACAGCAGUUUUUCACCAUUGUAUAGGACUAAUUCCAAAAACAAAGUGUGUCUUCUAGAAAAUGAGGAAACAGUGUAAUCUCUGGUCUGUGUUUACUUGGUAAACUCCAGAAAUAUCUAAUAUAACCAACACUUUAUUAGCUUCUUUCACAAUGUAUCCUUAAACUGGAAAAAGUAAUAAUAAAUGCCAUAUGAAACAAACCAAUAGCCAACACUGUAUUAUUAUAUGAAGACAAAUUGGGAGAAUUUCCUCUAAAAUCAGGAACAAAGGUGACAAUCCUCCUCUCUUAUUUAUUAUAAUGCUUAUCUUUAGCAACCAAACGAGGAAAAAAAAAAGACAAACAAGGGAUAAUAGAAAGCAAAGAAGUGAAACUAUUCCUAUUUGAGGAUGAUGGGAUUCUUUACUUACAAGACCCUGUGGGUCUAUUAGAAGCCUCAUGGGGGAAAAAAAAAGUCUCAUGGGCCUGGUAAAGACAAACUGAAGUUGCAGUACACAGAAAGCAGUAAAAACGAAAACAAACAAACAGUAGUCUUCAUGUUGCUAACAGCUGACUCCCAGAAAGUAUUAGGAAAAACAUUCCUUUCAAAAUACAUCCAAUUAAGGAUUCAGGAAUAUAUCUAACCAAAACAAACAAAACACAAAGACCUCUGCAACACUAAAUCUUCAAGAUACUGAAAAAAAGAAGCUACAGUGACGUGACUAUAGUGUCAUCAUAAUUGUGCACGGUGGCAUGCCCCUUGGAUCCCAGCACUUAGGAGGCAGAGGCAGUUGGAUCUUUGUGAGUUCAAGGCCAGCCUGGUCUACAAAGCAAGUCUAGGACAGGCAGGGCUUGAUUCAUAGAGAAACCAAGUCUGGAAAAACAAAAAAUAGUGUCAUCAUGUCCUGACUAUUUCCUCUCUGUGUAGACAUUUCUCAGCCCUCUGCUUCCACAAUGGCCUUGUCACAUUUGCUUUGUUGAUGAACCUGACCAUUGUCCAGAUGUGUUAACCACUAAACAACUAGUAAAGACAAAUCAAAAUGAUCAUGCUGUAUCGAAAGAGCUAAUAUGUUAUGCCGAUAUAGAGGUAAGGUAUGAGCCAGCUCCUACUCAACAUGGCCCCCAACAUUAACAGUACUCUGACCCUCACCUAGAUGGAUAUAAUUGUGGUCUGUGUGCUCUUUUCUAUUUAAAAACACAGUUCCCCUGAGUUGCAGUCUAAAGGGACUUUUGCUC